AUGGCAGACGACCUCUCCGCCUCAAAGCUCUUCAGCUUCUCCUCCCACGUCGCCCUCAUAACCGGCGGCGCCAGCGGCCUCGGAGAGAUGGCCGCCCAAGCCUUCAUCCAAAACGGCGCCCGCGUCAUCAUCGCCUCUCGCAAAGAAUCCGAGCUCAAGAAAACCUCCGACCGCCUCAAUUCCCUCGGCCCCGGAAAGUGCGAGUACGUCGUCGCAGACCUAAAAGACAAAGCCGGCUGUCUCGCACUCUGCGCAGAAGUAAAGAAACGAACAGAUCGAUUGACGGUGUUGUUGAAUAACUCCGGCGCAACCUGGGGCGCAGAUUACUACGACUUCCCCGAGAGCGGCUGGGACAAACUCAUGGCGCUGAAUGUAAAAUCUAUCUUUUACGUCACCGCCGGAUUGGAGCCUCUGCUGCUGAAGGGCACGUCGAAAGACUUCCCCAGCCGUGUUAUCAAUGUGGCUAGCAUCGCAGGCAUCCAGACUGUAGACGUGACCGUGAGUGAAAGCGGGGGCCUCGCGCAGCCAGGGACAGGAACAUACAGCUACGGCCCGAGCAAAGCCGCAUGUAUCCACCUCACCAAAUUGCAGGCCUCGAAACUUGCACCAAAGAACAUCAUGGUGAAUGUCAUCUGCCCGGGUGUUUUCCCCAGCAGGAUGACGGCCUUUGGGCUAGGCAAGUUCAGGGACACGCUCGAGGCUGGACAGCCCACGGGCCGCAUCGGGAAACCGAGUGAUUUUGGAGGGCUGGUGUUGUUCUUGAGUAGUCUUGCGAGCGCCCACAUGACAGGAAACGUCCUCGAGGUCGAUGGCGGGCAGAACCUCACUGGCUGGAGGGGCAAGGCAAAGAGCGAGAGCAAGAUAUAA